CUGUGUUUCGGAGUCGCACUGUCGCAGUCAGUCAGUCAGUGGUUGGCGUGUAUAGUGUUUUAUAUACACGUAUAUAUAUAUACAUAUAUACGAAUGACACCUUGGUGAUGAAAAGUGUCAAGUGUUGUGACAAGGACCAGCCAAAAUAAUCGCAAUAUAUAGAUAGUUGAAAAAAAAUAGAGAACAUGUGGUUAACGGCGUGUGUCCUCUUAGCGGUCACAUUACAUGCCAGAGCUCUGAUACAAUCACCUCCACUUAUAACGAAACAACCACCCACGGGCGAAUUACUCUUCCAAGUCGCUCAAGUUAACAAAAACGAAAAUGAAAAGCCAUUUUUAAUCGAGUGUGAGGCCGAGGGUGAACCUGCACCAAGAUACAAAUGGAUCAAAAACGGAAAGAUGUUCGAGUGGCCGGCCUACGACGAUCGAAUUUCCCAGCAAACGGGACGUGGUACCCUCGUGAUAUCGAGGCCACGCGAAGAAGAUAUGGGACAGUAUCAGUGUUUCGCCGAGAAUGAAUGGGGUCGUGCAACGUCCAAUUCGGUGUUCGUUCGUAAAACCGAGUUGAAUGCAUUCAAAGAUCAGGGUAGACAAACAAAAGAAGCCGAGGAAGGAAAGCCAUUCCAGUUGACUUGUCAGCCACCAGAUGGUUGGCCGAAGCCAAGUGUCUUCUGGCUAAUCCAACACGCGACCGGUGCCACUGUCAAUACAAUUAAUAAUACCCGAAUGACCAUCGAUCCCGAGGGAAAUCUUUGGUUCAGUAAUGUCACAAAAUUCGAUGCCAGUGAAAAUUCUUAUUAUACGUGCGCGAUUUAUUCCGAGGUACGUAACGAAUAUAAACUCGGUAAUAAAGUUCUUCUACAUGUGAAAAGUACGUCAGCGUCGGCUACGCAAAAUAAACACGCGCCAGUUAGUCAAUAUUUGAGUAGAAAGAAUGAGGUCGCAUUUCGCGGUGGUAAACUUGAGCUCUAUUGUAUUUUCGGUGGUACGCCAUUGCCGGAAAUUGUUUGGAGUAAAAACGGUCGUCGAAUUGGAUUAAGUGAACGUGUGACUCAUAAAAAUUACGGAAAGACGUUAGUGAUAAAGACUGUGAUUUUUGAUGAUGAGGGUACUUAUACUUGUGAGGCUUCCAAUGGUGUUGGUAGUGUUCUUUCGCACUCAAUGAAACUCGAAGUGCAAUCUGUGCCGUAUUUCACCGUUGAGCCAGAAAUCCAAAGUGCUGCCGAAGAGGAGACUGUUGAGUUCAGAUGCGAAGCGAGUGGUGUGCCAGAACCGCAGAUAAAUUGGAUCUACAAUGGAAAACCAAUCGUUGAAGCUGAUUCAAAUCCGCGUCGACAUCUUUAUCCAAACAAAAUUGUCAUCGAACGGUUAACAAAGAAAGACACGGGAAAUUAUGGUUGUAACGCGACAAAUUCUCUUGGUUACGUCUAUAAAGAUGUUUACGUAAAUGUUCUCGCAUUGGCGCCAGAAAUUCGAAUGCCACCAACCGACGAGGUUGUUGUCGAUGGUAAAACGGCAAAAAUGACAUGUCAAGUAUUUGGCGCACCGAAACCGGAAAUUAAAUGGAUUCGCAAUGGUCAGGAGCUCACGGGUGGAAAAUACAAGAUCGAAUCAACCGGCGAUUUAGUAAUUGAUAAUGUAGCAUUUAACGACGCUGGUGAAUAUACAUGUCACGCGCAAAAUAAAUUCGAUAAAGUUCAAGCAUCGGGAAUAUUGACUGUUAAGGAACAUACGCGUAUCACUGACGUGCCAAUUGACUAUGAAGUGAAUGCCGGUGCAACGGCAACUUUCCGCUGUAAUGCCGUUACUGAUUCAAGUUUAACGCUGCAGAUUGAUUGGUUGAGAAAUGGACAGCCAUUAGAUUUUGAGAGUGAACCACGUUUUGUACAAAGUUCCGAUCUCUCGUUGUCGAUUUUGAAGACAUCGGAAUUGGAUACAGGGGAGUACACAUGUGUUGCGCGAACUGAAUACGAUGAGGUUCAUGCAAAGGCAACAUUGAUUGUUCAAGAUGCGCCAAAUCCACCGAAAUUAGAGUAUGUACGUUGUCAGCCUCGCAGUGCGGAAAUAUCAUGGAAACCAUUGGGUGAUAAUCGUGCACCAAUUUUGGGAUAUAUUGUUCAGCAUAAUACAACAUUUACGCCUGAUGUUUGGAAGAGUUCGGUGGAUUUCCUAUCGGCGGCUGAUCGCACCAUUAGUGUUCCAAUGAGUCCCUGGGCUAAUUACACAUUCCGCGUUAUUGCCUGGAAUAAAGUUGGUAAAUCGGAUCCUUCGCAGCAUAGCACUGAAAUUUGCACAACACAACCCGACAUACCGGACAAAAAUCCAGACAAUGUUGUUGGUAAAGGAACAACAUCGACGAAUCUCGUUAUCACUUGGACAGUGAUGCCACAAAUAGAGCACAAUGCACCGCGAUUUAUGUAUCAAGUGCACUAUCGACGUGACAUUCCCGGCGAGAAAUGGAAUAUCGAAAAUAUUAAUGAUUGGAAAAUUAAUCGACUACAGGUCGAUCAUCAACAGACCUAUCAACGUUAUCGAAUCAAAGUUGGCGCUAUCAAUGAGAAAGGCGAAUGUCGAACGCAACCGAAGGAAAUUAUUGGCUUCUCCGGAGAGGAUGUUCCAACGCAAGCGCCAGGAAAUUUCACAUUGGAACAAGUGAAUUCGAGUACACAGGCGAUACUUUCAUGGAGUCCAGUGCCACCGGAAACGGUGCGCGGUGAAUUAAUUGGGUACAAAAUUCAAACGUGGACUGAUAAGGACGGAGAGGAUCGCAUGAGGGAAAUUAAUGUUCGCGGUGCAAAUACGACACGUACACUAGUCACGAAAUUCGUGCCCUACAGUAAAAAUUUCGUUCGAAUUUUGGUCUACAAUGGAAUAUUCAAUGGUCCACCUUCGGAGACAUUGACCUUUAAUACACCCGAGGGCGUUCCGGGAACUGUUUUAAGUCUCGAGGCAUUCCCAAUGGGUUCGAGUGCAUUCUUUUUGAAAUGGACAAAACCAGCUGAACCAAAUGGCAUUUUAACCGGUUAUCGAAUUUACUAUCAAGUUGUGAAUGGAACUAAACUUGAACCCGAAUUGGAGAGAAGACCAAAAGUCACGGAUCCAUUGGCAGUGAGUGCAAAACUUGCUAGUUUGAAACCGGAAACUAAAUACAGAAUUCAUAUUCGUGCAACAACCAAUGCAGGAGAAGGGAACAAUUAUUUCAUUGAGCAGACGACACAAAGAUCACAAAAACCAGAUGUACCUUACUUCACUUGGCAAACGAUUCCACAGGAUAAUGGAUAUUCGACGGUUAAAUUAAUUUGGCAACCAAAUUAUAAUGGACAUCCUGGAAGUCAUUUCUUUGCCAAAUAUAAAAUACGGGAUGAAACAAUUUCAAUGCAAACUGAUCCUGAAUAUUUCUCCCACGAAAUACACGUUGUCGGUCUAAUGAGCGGAGAAACAUACACAAUGUCAAUUGUAGCUGUAGAUGGAAAUUAUAUAACAGAAAGUGAUUCACAAGAUAUUGAGACGACCAAUGAGGGACCAAUGAUACAGGCGAAGGAAAAUGUCGCUACUGCCGGAUGGUUUAUUGGUAUGAUGCUGGCGAUUGCAUUUUUACUAUUCGUUUUGAUAAUUGUUUGCGUGAUUAAGAGAAAUCGCGGCGGCAAAUAUGCCGUUCACGAGAGAGAAUUGGCCGCUGGCCGCGGCGAUUAUCCCGAGGAGGGUGGCUUCCAUGAAUAUUCCCAACCGCUGGACAAUAAAUCCGAACGGGGACGAGCUUCCCUCGCCUCAUCGGCUCCACAAGAUGGCAAACAUCCCGAAUCCGACACGGAUUCAAUGGCCGAAUACGGCGAAGGCGAUACAGAAGGUAUGAACGAAGACGGUUCAUUUAUUGGUCAAUAUGGUCGACAAAGGAAGCAGGGACCGAAUUCGCAAGCAUUCGCAACUUUAGUUUAAGGUCGCUUUACCGAAGACGGUUCUUUCAUUGGGCAAUACGGCCCGAAAGGCAGACCAGAAGAAACGCCAUCAAUUCCAACUGGGACAAUAGCAACUUACGUUUAACCUUCAUCUCUGCCAGAAAUUUUCGAAUUCUCUAUCCCAUUUUUUUAAAAAAACUAUAUUGAGAAUUCAGCACAAUUCGCCUGCAGCUGCUAAGAAUGAAAAAAAAGAAGAGAAGCAACAAAAAUGUAAGCGUCUUGCGCUGGGCGCAACGUCCACACUCUAUACUGCCAAUUAGAAAUCACUUUUUGGAUUUUUUUUUCAUUAGUUGACUCGAGAAAUCAAAGAAAUAUUUUCAUUGAAUUAAAUGGAAAAAAUCCAAUUUAAAAAUUCCAAUUACUUGGAACAAAUGAAUCUCAAU